CCGUUUCGUAUGCUCGCUCCCACACUCUCCCCAGCCUCCGGUGUCGCUUGUCGCGUUGAAUUGACGGGCGGCCUGUCGUAUUUCCCCCAGUGUGUGGCUACAGAAGAAGGUCCUGUAGGGCGGCUGUGUCCCAUCCGGCGCCUUCUGUCCUCUCUCCCGUCACUGGUCGCUGAGGCCCCGACACACUCGGCGGCUUCCUUCCUCCUCUGACCCGAUUCCGUCCGUGGAGGGUCCCACACCCGGAGCAAAUAUUCCGGAGAAAAAGAGACUCCCGGAGAGGACCGCAGCGGAGAUGGAGGCGGUGGGGCCCGGUCCUCCACCGACCAACCUUUUCCAGCCUCCGCGGCGUCCUGGCUUAGGAACAUUAGGAAAGCCAAUAAGGCUGCUGGCCAACCACUUCCAGGUGCAGAUACCGAAGAUUGAUGUCUACCAUUAUGAUGUGGAUAUUAAACCUGAGAAAAGGCCUAGAAGAGUCAACAGAGAGGUGGUUGACACGAUGGUGCGACAUUUCAAAAUGCAGAUAUUUGGAGACCGCCAGCCUGGAUAUGAUGGAAAGAGAAAUAUGUACACCGCGCAUCCACUGCCAAUUGGGAGGGACAGGGUUGACCUUGAAGUGACUCUUCCGGGUGAAGGUAAAGACCAAACUUUUAAAGUGACCAUUCAAUGGGUGUCAGUGGUUAGUCUGCAGUUGCUCCUGGAAGCGUUGUCUGGACACGUGAGUGAAGUUCCUGAGGACUCUGUGCAAGCCCUUGAUGUAAUCACUCGCCACCUACCAUCUAUGAGGUAUACUCCAGUCGGACGUUCAUUCUUCUCUCCUCCUGAGGGUUAUUAUCACCCACUGGGUGGAGGUCGUGAGGUUUGGUUUGGUUUCCACCAAUCUGUACGUCCUGCCAUGUGGAACAUGAUGCUUAACAUUGAUGUUUCUGCGACUGCUUUUUACCGCGCUCAGCCUGUAAUUGAGUUCAUGUGCGAAGUCCUAGAUGUUCAGAAUAUCAAUGAACAGACCAAACCACUGACAGAUUCCCAGCGUGUAAAAUUUACCAAAGAAAUAAGAGGUUUGAAAGUGGAAGUCACACACUGCGGUCAGAUGAAGAGAAAGUACAGAGUGUGUAAUGUUACUCGAAGACCAGCAAGCCACCAGACUUUCCCCUUGCAGCUGGAGAAUGGUCAGGCCAUGGAGUGCACAGUUGCCCAGUACUUCAAACAGAAAUACAGCUUGCAGCUAAAAUAUCCACAUCUCCCUUGCUUGCAAGUCGGUCAAGAACAGAAACACACCUAUUUACCCCUAGAGGUUUGUAACAUCGUAGCUGGCCAACGUUGUAUUAAGAAAUUGACCGACAAUCAGACUUCCACUAUGAUCAAAGCGACAGCUCGGUCUGCUCCAGACAGACAAGAAGAAAUCAGCAGGCUGGUAAAAAGCAACAGUAUGGUUGGGGGACCAGACCCAUACCUGAAGGAGUUUGGUAUUGUUGUACAUAAUGAAAUGACCGAGCUUACAGGCAGGGUGCUUCCAGCUCCUAUGCUUCAAUAUGGAGGACGGAAUAAAACAGUAGCCACUCCAAACCAAGGUGUCUGGGAUAUGAGAGGGAAGCAGUUCUACGCUGGUAUUGAAAUAAAAGUCUGGGCUGUUGCCUGCUUUGCCCCGCAGAAACAGUGCAGAGAAGACUUGUUAAAAAGUUUCACGGACCAGCUAAGAAAGAUUUCAAAGGAUGCUGGGAUGCCCAUCCAGGGCCAACCAUGUUUCUGUAAAUAUGCUCAAGGAGCAGACAGCGUGGAGCCAAUGUUCAAACAUUUAAAACUUACAUAUGUGGGCUUACAGCUAAUUGUGGUUAUCCUUCCUGGAAAGACUCCUGUAUAUGCUGAAGUAAAAAGAGUGGGGGACACACUCCUUGGAAUGGCAACCCAGUGUGUGCAAGUAAAAAAUGUGGUGAAGACUUCUCCUCAGACACUCUCCAAUUUAUGUCUGAAGAUCAAUGCUAAGCUGGGAGGCAUAAAUAACGUGCUAGUUCCUCAUCAAAGGCCUUCUGUUUUCCAGCAGCCAGUGAUAUUUCUGGGGGCAGAUGUAACCCAUCCCCCUGCUGGUGAUGGCAAGAAACCUUCUAUUGCAGCUGUUGUGGGCAGUAUGGAUGGCCAUCCCAGUCGUUACUGUGCUACCGUGCGUGUUCAGACCUCUCGUCAGGAGACCACCCAGGAGCUGUUGUACAGUCAAGAAGUCAUUCAGGAUCUUAGCAACAUGGUGCGAGAGCUUCUCAUCCAGUUCUACAAGUCUACUCGUUUCAAACCAACCCGCAUAAUCUACUACAGGGGUGGUGUAUCUGAAGGCCAGAUGAAACAGGUUGCUUGGCCAGAACUCAUGGCUAUUCGGAAAGCCUGCAUCAGUCUGGAGGAAGAUUACAGACCUGGCAUUACCUACAUUGUUGUACAAAAGAGACAUCACACAAGACUCUUCUGUUCUGACAAAACAGAGCGGGUGGGAAAAAGUGGCAACGUGCCUGCUGGAACUACAGUAGACAGCACUAUCACUCAUCCAUCUGAAUUUGACUUCUAUCUCUGUAGUCAUGCUGGGAUUCAGGGAACCAGUCGCCCAUCCCAUUACCAGGUUUUGUGGGAUGAUAAUUGCUUUACAGCUGAUGAGCUCCAACUGUUAACAUACCAGUUGUGCCACACCUAUGUCCGAUGUACUCGUUCAGUCUCCAUCCCUGCUCCUGCUUACUAUGCUAGGCUGGUGGCAUUCAGAGCAAGAUACCAUCUUGUGGAUAAAGAUCACGACAGCGCUGAAGGAAGCCAUGUUUCUGGACAGAGCAAUGGUCGUGAUCCACAGGCUCUGGCCAAAGCCGUUCAGAUUCAUCACGACACACAGCACACAAUGUACUUUGCCUGACAGAGCUGCAGGACACCAUACCAAUCUCCAUGUUCCUCAGAGCUCUGACAUGUAUGGUUCAAUCCAGUCUCCUGUUGUCAGGGAUAGCGCUCUUGGCUUCCUACCAGCACACUUUGGACUUUUUGCACUGAAUUUCUUCAGUCUCAUCUUAAUUGAAGAAAGUAAUUACUUGGUUUUGUUUUUACAUUUUUUAUUUAAAUAUAUCAAAAACUUCAACUGUCUUCUGAUGCGUUGGACUGAACCUUUACCUCAAACCUUUCAAGAUAUCUGAAGAUUAUGCUCCAAAUGGUCACUUUUUAUUUUCUUUUAAAAGCCAGCAUUUCUUCAUCUUUGGUUAUAACAAAAGUUGUCAUACUUGUCUUAACUUCACGCUGCUUUGUGAGUAUAUACGUAUAUGGUAAAUUAUAACUGUGUGGGGCCAUAAACUUACUAAAUGAGGUUUAGUCUUUACUGUAAAAUACCUUUUUAAGUGAUUUUGUUUUUUUACAGGUAUCGCUGUCUGUCAGGUUCUUUACCAUUGCAGCUUGUACUUUAGAGUGCACAGGCUGCAAAACAAUUGCACUAUAUUGCAGAUUAAUUAAAUUAGUUUUUUUUCUGUAUUAAAAUGAAUGUGUAAUAUGAAUAAGAUUUUAAUAUAAGGGCCAUGUGGCAAACACUGCCAUUGGUUUUUAAGAUGCAGAUUGCCAUGAUUUUUCCGCUGCCCUCCCAAGGAAAUUUCCACUUCCCGAAACCGUAUGUAAGUAUUUGCCAGCACAUGAAAAUGCCCGUGUUAUGCUGCUGUGAUUUGAUACAAAACCUUUUUACUUGUAGUAAGGGUGGGGUUUGGGAUAAUUUUUAGGCAAUAAAACCUUUUCCGUAGACCCA